UUUAUUUCACUCUUGCUUUGAUAUCUACCUUUGUUUCUUUCAAAUUGUAUCAACAAUUUGGUUGGAAUAUUUACAAAAAGAUUGGUGCUGAUGUGAAAAUUAAAAAAUUAUAUAUGAAACGUCUUGUCUUCGUAACAUUGCUGAAAUAUGAAUUGUAUUUUUUUCUCUUAUUCUUAAUAUUAAACGGUUUAAGAUUUCUUGGUUCUGGUUUUGAUGGAUUUUACUGGAAUUUUCAUACUUUUGAAAGUGUUUUAGGCUUUUUUAUAGCAUUACUGGCUUAUCAAUCGAUUAGAUUGGAAUGGAAAAAUGGAAUGUGUAUAUUUUCUCUCUUAUGGGUCACUUACAUUCUUGAUUCCUUCUGGGUAGUUUAUCUCAGUGCCUUUGUUCAUUGGUAUUUUUUAACCUUUUGGG